UUUGGUUUUGUUGCAUGAUAAAAAAAUUGUUUUUUUAAAAAUCCCAAAGAAAUUCCUAUAAAUACAAUUAGUCAGAAAUACAUCUCCAGGGUAUCAUCACAACCAUCUCCCGUGUGAACCCGAUCCCGGUGAUGGCUGGGGGAGAUGCGCUCGUCCUCGGCGAUAAUCGAUAGACGCAUGCAGGUAGCUUUCCUCCCUACACACGCAGCAUCACCACGCAUCCUUACUCCACUGUGCGGUCUCUCUUAUUUCCCUCCCCAUCACCACACGUAUGAGAAAUCGCUAGUGGGGGCCGUGCCUAUUGAUCUCUAAACAUCUGGAACACCUCAUAUUUGUUUUACAAGGCAGAGGCGAACAGUCUGUGCCCGAGAUAGAGGAACGAGACAGCAGCAGCAGCAGCAGCAGCAGCACCAGGACGGACCACUUGACACCUUGCUUCACGACAUCGAUAUGCAGUAGUGUGAUACCAGCUCUGCGGAGACGGGAAGGCCAGUCCAUGGCAUCUUGAUAUUAAAACCGUGGGCUCUGCGCAUUCCUCACCGACGGCGUAGUCUUUUUUUUCCUGCGGAGUCGAAAGGAUUAACUUGGCCAGAUAAAAGCGGCGAGGGAGGAAAUCUUAACAAGAAUUCAAUCUGACCAGAUUCUGUUUGGGGGAUUCGUGGGAUAUCAUUGGACCUGCGAUGGACUCCAGCGCGGGGGAAUAUGGCAUGGCUCGUCUUGGAUUGUUUUUGGUUUUGAUGGGGCUGUGGAGAUUUAGCGAUGCUUGCCCCGCAUCCUGCACUUGCAGCAUCUCAAGGAUUGUUUGUAUUGAUUCUGUACCCGGGAUCGAGGAUUUCCCUGUCAUCGCGUUAGAUGACAUGGAAAACAUCACCGAGAUAUACAUUACGAAUCAAAACAGACUGUUUGACAUCAAUGACAACAGUCUGAGGCACUACAUAAACCUAAGAAACCUAACAGUGAUGAAGACAAGACUGACGUCUAUAUCGUCAGAUGCAUUUUUCAACAAUACAAGACUCCAAUACGUAAAUCUCAGAGACAAUAACCUGUCAACACUGUCAUGGAGAACAUUUCAGAACUUCAACACAACAUACCCGCUCCUGCUGUCCGGUAACCCUCUGGAUUGUGUCUGUGAGAACUUGUGGAUCAAACUGAGGCUCCUUGAGGCAACUGACAGUCCAGAGCUGACAUGCUUAGACGACAGAGGAGCGCCAAAGGCCUUUGCCACACUCACUCCACCAGACUGUGUGCUUCCCAAAGUAGAGGUCACCCCGAAAAACGUGACGGUGAUGCAGGGGAGUGAUGUCAAAGCUGUGUGCAGCGCCUCGGGCUCCCCUCCUCCUGAGAUCCUGUGGAACCUUGAUUGGCUCUCCACCCACCACAAGAUCGAUCCUUCGAAUAUGGAGAGCAGCAUCACCUUGUCAGACCUGUCUCCUGAUGAUAAUGGCAAGGGGAUCAUAUGCAGCGCUGAGAACAUGGUCGGUCAGACCGAGGCCACCUUUCACCUCAAUAUUCUCUUUGCCCCCACCAUCCAGCAGCUGCUGGGGCCGGAGCGGGACCACCACUGGUGCAUCCCAUUCAGCGUGACGGGGAACCCCAAGCCCGAGCUGCAGUGGUACCACGAGAACCUGGUUCUCCUGGAGCAGGACUACAUCCGCACCGUAAUCCACCAGUUCACCGAGAGUGAGUACCACGGCUGCCUUCAGCUGGUCAACCCCACGCACAUCCAAAACGGCGUUUACAGGCUGGUGGCAAAGAAUAAGUUCGGUCUGGAUGAGAAGAAUGUCUCUGCCCAGUUCAUCGACCCGCCUGACAUCGACCACACAGAAGAACCCUUCUACUACUACACCACUGACUCUCCACUCCCUCCGCUGGACGACAGUGUUGCUGUGUAUGUAGUUGUGGGAAUCGCAGGAGUUGCCUUGACUGGCUGCGUUCUGAUGGUGAUCAUUCUGAAAUAUGGAAGAAACUCCAAGUUUGGUCUUAAAGGCUCCUCCUCAGUCAUCAGUAAUGACGAUGACUCUGCCAGCCCUCUUCAUCACGUCUCCAAUGGCAACAACACCCCGUCGUCCUCGGAGAUGGGACCAGACGCAGUGAUCAUUGGGAUGACAAAGAUUCCUGUCAUUGAGAACCCACAGUACUUCCGUAACUCCGGCAGCAUGCUGAAAUCUGACACGUUUGUCCAGCACAUCAAGAGACACAACAUUGUACUGAAGCGGGAGCUGGGAGAGGGAGCCUUUGGGAAGGUGUUUCUCGCCGAGUGCUACAACCUGACACCAGACCAGGAGAAGCUCCAUGUGGCAGUCAAGACUCUGAAAGAGGCCAACGAGAGCGGCCGAGCGGACUUCUACAGAGAGGCCGAGCUCCUCACCAACCUGCAACAUGAACACAUCGUCACUUUCUACGGCGUGUGUGUAGAGAGCGACCCGCUCAUCAUGGUGUUUGAAUAUAUGAAACAUGGGGACCUGAACAAGUUCCUCAGGUCCCACGGUCCUGAUGCAGUACUAAUGUCAGACGGUCAACACAGCAUCCAGGCGGAGCUCACCCAGUCCCAGAUGCUGCACAUUGCCCAACAGAUUGCGGCUGGCAUGGUCUACCUGGCCUCCCAGCACUUUGUCCACAGAGACUUGGCAACAAGGAACUGCCUGGUGGGAGAAAACCUGCUGGUCAAGAUAGGCGACUUUGGCAUGUCCAGAGAUGUUUACAGCACAGACUACUACAGAGUGGGCGGUCAUACGAUGCUGCCGAUCCGCUGGAUGCCUCCAGAGAGCAUCAUGUACCGGCGGUUCACCACAGAGAGUGACGUGUGGAGCCUCGGCGUGGUGUUGUGGGAGAUCUUCACCUACGGCAAGCAGCCCUGGUACCAGCUGUCCAACAAUGAGGUGAUCGAGUGCAUCACCCAGGGCCGCGUGCUGCAGCGGCCCCGUUCCUGUCCUAAAGAGGUGUACGACCUGAUGCUGGGCUGCUGGCAGAGGGAGCCCUACAUGAGGCUGAACAUCAAGGAGAUCCACAGCAUGCUCCAGAGCCUGGCCAAGGCCUCGCCUGUGUACCUGGACAUACUGGGCUGAAGCCCCUGGUGUUCUUGUAUGUACUUUUCGUGUGUGUGUGUGUGUGUGUGUGUGUGUGAGUGAGCGGGGGCUUUGUGCGUGGUUGUGUGUCUGUUCGCACAUAAUGGUGACGGAGAGGAGAGAAGAGAGUGAAGGUUGUGCGACUGUGUGAGCGAGUUUGUGUAUAGUACCUGGCUGUAAAUGUCCCUGUAAAUGCUAUUGUCCGUGUCCUCAUUACAUCGAGAAAAGCCUUAAAUUUUGAGUGAUUUUAUUUUAUUUUUUGGGGGUUUCUUUAUUCAUUUGCAGACGUCACCGAGGCAUGUUUUCGUCAAUGGAAAGCCAAAACGCAUACAUAUGUGAAAGGCAUACAAAUAAAUGAAACCCGACAAUCAGAAAUACUGAUCACUGGGUUACUCGGUCUACAUUCAUCGCAUCAGAUCGUCUCCUGUAUUCCAUUUUGCUGGGAAUGAAAGGGAAAAUACUUUGUCUCCAUAAUGGACAGAGUAUGGACACAACUUUGCAGAUAGAGCUUUCUCUUUCUUUCGACACACGGAGCAACAUAUUCUGCAGAAAAUACUCAUCAAGCUACAGCUGAAGCUUUUUCUUUUAUAUUUCACAGACUAUUUUAAUAUUUGUAGAAUUUAUAAAUGUUGACUCUGUUUUCACGCCACGCUGUUGAUUUCCAUUUGUGCUUUUUCAGUCAUCUUCAGAAACUUUUUCUUUUGUUAAAAUUAUUUUAAACAUACGUGUAUAUCAUUAUACACAGACGUUUAAUCAUAAAACCCAUAUAGAUUCUCAUAGAUGCCUGUGUCUGUUAUAGAUAACCGACUUGAGUGAUUUCCUCAUCAACUUUGAGGCUGUAAAACACAAAGGGCAUACAGCAUUUUGCACCAUUAUUUUAAAUAACGCCAUCACCAUUUGUCCUAUUUUAUGUAAAUAUCUACACACUAGGUCAUCUAUAUUUACAAAGUGGUGUUUGAAACGUUGUUGGAGUGCUCUGCUACAUUUCACAACCUUUUCAUUUGAUGUAUCUAAAGCACAGAGAAUGAGGACUCGGCGGUGUUGAGCUCAAAAACAAACAAAAAAAAGAAGAUGAGCACAGUUUUGUUUUACUUUUUCAUUCACCAGCGAUGCCAUUUAGCAAAUCUCUGUUGUUCGGUGGCCCAUAUCUGUAAGUGAUGUGGUUUUGUAUGCAUUAUCAGAAGCAGGUUCUUUUUCUCAAAUGUUGUGGCUGUUGAUGAGAUUGUGUCUAUGCUUUGAUAAGAGAAGAAUAGAUUCAUUCUUUGAGUGAUUUGAGGGAUUGACGGGGCAUUCGGAUGCAGUUUACUGUGCACUGAUUCAUUUGUUUUCAGCACUUUGGUUUCUGUACGUAUUGAAGUUGCUACUUGUUUAUUUGUCAUUUCUUUGCAUUACAAGAGUGUGUUCUGAAGAUGUAAUCUUUAGUUCUAAACAGUAGGCUAAGAGGCCGCAACAAAAGGGUUAAUUCAGAGUCUGAUUGCCCUCAAAGAGCCCCAGGGGUGUUUUCAUCUCUCUGAGCGGCCCCAGUCAGCCGGGUGGUGACUGAUCCAGCUGCUCACUUCGGGCAUCGCUGAAGCACAUUUGUAUCGGCUGCUUGAAAAAAAUGAUUUUAAAAUACAUGUAGUUCCGUUUUCCCAAAUUAUCUUCAACUGGUCUGUUUGCAGAUUUUAAAAAAGAAAAAGAGGCUAAAAUAUUAAAGCAAGUGCGGUGGUCCAAGUGUACAUACUGUAUUAACCUUUGCAAAAACAGCAGAGAUUACUCCUUCAUAAUAACCGUCAUGUAUUUCCAUAUGGAGGCAUAAAGCAGUGCGGCUCUCAGCUGAGACAAUAAGUUAUGUUAAGUGCACUUUGUAGCGUUACUUAACCCCCCCCCCCUAAUGCACAACCUGAGCGGCUGACCACUCUCCGCCUUGACCUCGACUGCACUUAAUUACAAAAAAAAACAAAAAACAUUUCACCCUUACUGUGGCGGCCAUGACCGAGGCAAGUCCCAACUCUGACACAUCGUGGUUGAUGAAAAGGAUUCAGCGUCCCUCUAUGUUUUUAUUACAGCGUUUGUCCGUUCUGUAUCAUAGUCACGUGUCUGCUGUACAUAAAUUGCUGUCCAUUCUGUACAGUUCUGAUAUUUGUCUAUAUCAAUAGUAGGCUAUGUUUAAUAGUAUAAUCUGUUUUAAGCAGGUAUCAUGUCAAAACCGUGUGACAUCUGUUGACGACAACGUGUUAUGGGCCACUGGCAAUACAUACUAUAUGUAAAUACGAUUUUAUUUGUGCUAUACAUUGUAUACUUUCUUUGUGCUCGUUCAUAAUACCAGUGAGAAUACAAUCCUUUUUUGGCAACUUUUUUGAUCUGCAGAGGACUUUAUUUGAACAAUGUGUUUUUCUCUGAAGAAAAAAAAAAGAAAAUCUCUUUUUCCUCUCCACUGUGAUGGGGAGCUUGCACAGAGGCCGUCUGCCUGUAGGAGGACCAUAGACUCUGGAUCUGACUAAACAUCGGGAUCUCUCCUACGCUCGACAGGCGUCCCAGCAGACGUGUGGCCGAUGGCGAGGAGGUCAACCCCACCACUCAACCUCUGACUGACUGUAGCCUAUUUUGAUCCUCUUUCAGAUGAAUAACUGUGACUUUGCAUCAUGAAUAGUAUAUUAUUUUGAAUGUAAUCUAGAAGGGUCGGGACCUUUUUUGAAUGUAAUCUAUAUUGAGGUAAAAGGGAGGGAGGGAGGGAGGGGGGGGCGUUGCAGAUUUUUUUGUAAAUAUACGGUAAAUGAAAAAAAAGAUUACAGUUUUCAUUCCUGUGCAGAUAACAGAUUUUACUUACUGUGUGAAUACAAAGAGAGAGAGAGAGAGAGAGAGAGUGUGUUUGUGUGUGUGACUCAUGUCUCAGAGAUGGUGUGUGUGUGUGUUUGCACAUACAUCUUGUAUGCAAGUGUGUGUGUGUGUGUGAGUGUGUGUGUGUGUGCUCUCCUGGCAGAUUUAAUCCUGCUUUAAUCAGCCAGUUCUAUCAAUCAAUUCAAUGCUUUGUGCAUCAUGUGAGUAGCUUAUCCACAAUUAAUGGAAAUGUUCCUUGUGAUACUGUGCAUUUAAUAAAGGUGGUAUGUCUUACAAUA